AUGGACCCAGCCGACUACGACAAAGUUUUAGCCAAUCCUCAAGAAGUCAAGGACCGGAUCUUUGGUAGUAAGAUCGUCAUUGGAUUGGAACAGUGCAUGCUGUUCUCAACCUGGGGAGUCAAGAUCUGCAUGUUGACCAUGUUCUGGCGGUUAACUCAGAAUCUCCGAUUACAUCUCUAUGUCAAGAUCAUCGCGGUGUAUGUUGCUGUUGGGUUCGUUGUCAUUAUGGUCACCUAUUAUGGUGUCUACUGUCGACCAUUCUCCCAGUACUGGGCCAUGCCUGUCAAGGACCUGCAAUGUGCGACCUACCAGAACUACUCCAUCACCCAGGCUGUCUUCAACAUAUCGUCGGAUACAGCUAUGCUAGCGGUCCCCGUUCCCCUACUCAUUAAAGCGCAGAUGAAGACGAGAAAAAAGCUGCUGCUUAUCUGCAUCAUGAGCCUCGGCGUAUUCACCAUUGUGGCGGCCAUUCUAAAUAAAGUGUUCAAUUUCGCCUCUCCUUUGACCACCACCUAUCAGAUUUGGUACAUUCGGGAGGCCAGCACAGCCAUUUAUGUGGCGAACUUGAUGUGCUUAUGGCCGCUGCUCCGCAAGCUAUUCGGCCUGAAGGCAUUCAUAUACGGAAGCAGGCAGUACCGACAGCGGGGUGCUCAGCCCGACAAGGAAUCCUCGGACGCAUCGCGUAACGCAGGCUCACAGUCGCGACCUUCGUUUUCUCUAAAUCGGGCUCUCAAGAUCAAAGGAUCCGGAUAUCGACGGGCCGUCAAGGAGUUUAUGCCUUCCCACAAGCCUGAUGGACGAGAAGCAAGCAAGGAAGCAAUCACCAAACCAUCCUGUGAACACCUGGAGAACUCCCCAGAGCUGCCUGAAAUAGCCUUGGAGGAAUGGGAUGAUCAACUAGAAUGGGUGAGAGAAGGGCGUGUGCCAAAUGAUCUUGAAGCCGGAUCGAUCAAGGAUAACGAUACACCGGAAUCACGGUCUAGAUCGGGUGACAUUAGGCACGAAUGGGAGUGUCCUACCAAGGCCGACGCUAUUCACGAAUGGUGA